AUGACUGUGGAGCUCUAUCGAGCUGCUGACAACUCAAGCCAAUUCUACGAGUGUGCUCCUUUAGCAAAGGAAGAGGUGAAAGAAUACAAUCUGUCCGAGAAAUACAUGGGUGUCUGGAAUUUACGCGACUGCCCCGAGUCGUUCGAGUUCGACGUGAGCCGUCAAAAGUGUUUGGAACGAAAGAAAAUGCGUCGUCAGCAAGCUGCCUGCGCUCAGAAUUCGUCGACCGUUGGCUGUGAUGCGCCUUGCAGUGGUGCUGUAUCGACACCAACUAUUGGAGCACCAUGUGACUGGCAGGAAGCCAAUCUACAGCCUGAUCCGAAGAGUAAUGCAUACUUUAUCCAGUGCACUCCACAAUCAUCGAGCUCUUCAUGCGGAGAGUGGACGCGGCUUCCCUGUGCAGCCAAUACGAUAUUUUCACCCUCAUCAUCACUUUGCAUCUCAAUGACAGUAAAAAGGUCAGCAUGUGAGCCUCAGCAGGAGCCGGUGUGCAACUGUGCGCAAGCAGCUGGAGCGAAUCAGUGUCCUGGAAUAGCUAUUUGUUCAAAGGAUGUGUGCUGCCAGCAGAAGGAGAUUAUCGAUAAUUUCAUCCAGCAUCAAGCACCGUUGUGCCCUGGUUCGAAUGUGCCACCGUUGGGAUCGUGCAAUGAACCAUGCCCUCAGUAUUCGGCUUGCGCACCAGGUAUCGGUUGCUGUCCAGUCCCAGUCAAUCAGCCGAGACAAUCUGUACAAAUAACACUUUGUCCCGGAUCGUUUUCGCCUCCUUUGGGUGCUUGCGGUUCGUGUCCACAGGGUACUUCCUGUAGCCCAGCGAUCAAUGCUUGCUGUCCUUCAGCUGCUCGCCCUUCUACUGAUCUCGUCUACAAUGUGAUACAGCUAUGUCCAAAUGGACAGCCGUCUCUUCAGCCUUGUAAAGGCGGUUGUCCUCCAGGCAAUGCAUGCUAUCAAGGUGGCUGUUGUCCGAUGAGCUGUCCUGUUGGCCAGACGGCGUUGGGUUUCUGUUCGCCUGGUGGUUGCUCGAGUGGCUCAUGUUACCUGCCAGGUGGAUCAUGUUGUCAGGAGAUGGUGAAGCUUCCAGUUUGUCCCAAUGGUCAGCAGUCACAACGGCGUUGUUCUGUGGAUCCGGUAGGAAGACAACGAUUUCAGGAAUGCGGUCCACGUAUGGAAUGCUCAAAUGGUGGAUGCUGUCCGAUGCCGUUCUGCCCUACUGGAGUGCAG